UUUUCCUCCUCUUUCUGAGGAACCAAACACUCGUUAGCAAUGGCCGGUUCCAACCUCCUUCCCUUCCUUUUCCUCCUCUGUUUUCUUGUUCCUGCUACGCUCUCGAUCCCGCCCGACCUAUCCGACCGUCCAAAAACCUUCAUCGUCCACGUGUCCAAAUCAGACAAGCCCACCCUCUUCUCCUCUCACCGGAGCUGGUACACCUCCAUCAUCCAAUCCCUCCCGUCCCCCCACCCCACCAAACUCCUCUACACAUACGACCGCGCCGUCCACGGCUUCUCCGCCGCCCUCACAUCCUCUCAGGCCACCCAGCUCCUCUCCCACCCCGCCGUCCUCUCCGUCACACCCGACCAGCCACGUCAGCUCCACACCACUCACACCCCCAGCUUCCUCGGCCUCGCUGAAUCCUUCGGCUUAUGGCCCAACUCCGACUACGCCGACGACGUCAUAGUCGGCGUCCUCGACACCGGGAUCUGGCCGGAGCGCCCGAGCUUCUCGGACUCAGGUCUCGGCCCGGUUCCGUCCCGAUGGAAGGGCACCUGCGUCAGUGCCCCGGACUUCCCGUCCUCCUCCUGCAACCGCAAGAUCAUCGGCGCCAGAGCCUACUUCGACGGCUACGAAGCGUACAUCGGACGAUUAAUGGACGAAUCGAAUGAAUCGAAAUCGCCGAGAGACACGGAAGGCCAUGGGACACACACGGCCUCCACCGCCGCCGGCUCCCCGGUCGCUAACGCCAGCUUGUUCUCGUACGCUCGUGGCGAAGCCAGAGGCAUGGCCACCAAGGCGAGAAUCGCCGUCUAUAAAAUCUGCUGGUCAUUUGGGUGUUUCGAUUCCGACAUUUUGGCCGCUAUGGAUCAAGCAAUUGCCGACGGCGUUGACAUAAUUUCGCUCUCCGUCGGAGCCAGCGGUCGUUCUCCUCCGUACGAUCGAGACUCUAUAGCCAUCGGAUCCUUCGGGGCCUCUCAGCAUGGUGUUCUCGUCUCCGCCUCCGCCGGUAAUUCUGGGCCCAACCCAUUUACGGCCACCAACAUAGCUCCAUGGAUUCUCACAGUUGGCGCUUCCACCGUUGACAGAGAGUUCCCAGCCGAUGUUAUCCUCGGCGAUAACCGGGUUUUCGGUGGUGUUUCAUUGUACUCCGGCGAGCCUCUAGUCGAUCACCAGCUUCCAUUAAUAUACGGCGGAGACGCAGGAAGCAGGUACUGUUACGCAGGGGCUCUCAAGCCAUCGAAAGUCCAGGGAAAAAUUGUCGUCUGUGAUCGCGGCGGCAAUGCGAGAGUCGGAAAGGGAAGCGCGGUGAAGCUAGCCGGCGGGCUUGGGUUUAUCUUGGCCAACACAGCCGACAGCGGAGAAGAGCUUCUCGCUGAUGCUCACCUUAUCCCAGCAACAGAGGUGGGUGAAAUCGCCGCCGAUCAGAUAAGGGAAUACAUCAGAUUGAGCCAAUACCCGACGGCCACAAUUGUUUUCCGAGGAACUGUAAUUGGGACUUCGCCGCCGGCCCCAAAGGUGGCAGCUUUUUCGAGCAGAGGACCGAAUUCUCUAACACCAGAGAUUCUCAAGCCCGAUGUGAUUGCUCCUGGAGUGAACAUUUUGGCGGGUUGGACUGGGGCGUCUGCCCCCACGGAUUUGGAAAUUGAUCCUAGAAGAACCGAGUUCAAUAUAAUUUCGGGGACAUCUAUGUCGUGCCCGCAUGUGAGCGGCAUUGCAGCAUUGCUUCGAAAGGCCUAUCCGAAUUGGUCGAUCGCUGCUAUAAAAUCUGCUUUGAUCACAACAGCUUACACUUUAGACGAUUCAGGUAAGAAAAUCAGGGACCUUGCAACAGGGAAAGAGUCGACUCCUUUUGUUCAUGGAGCAGGACAUGUUGAUCCCAACAGAGCUCUCAAUCCCGGGCUAAUUUACGAUCUCAAUGUGAAUGAUUAUGUUGCAUUUUUGUGCUCAAUCGGGUACAGUCCAAGGCAAAUCGCCGUUUUCUUAGGAAAGCCUACUGGUUCUGAUAUAUGCACAAAGAACAGUUUGGCUAGUCCUGGUGAUCUGAAUUACCCUUCACUUUCUGUCAUCUUGAGCUCGGAUCAAAGCCUGGUUAAGUACAAGAGAAUCGCUACGAAUGUGGGGAGCAAUGUGGACGCAGUUUAUAAGGUGAAUGUUACUGCUCCAGCUGGUGUUGAGAUCAGCGUUUUGCCGAGCAAGCUGGAGUUCAGUGAAGAGAACCAGAGUCUGAGCUAUGAGGUUACAUUCAGGAGAGGAGUUGGGUAUGAUGGCGGAGAGCGAUACGGGUCUAUUGAGUGGACAGAUGGUAGCCAUCUGGUGAGGAGUCCGGUUGCUGUGAGGUGGAGCAGCACUCCGUAUACAGCUUCCAUGUGAGAUUUAGCAUUAAGGUUGUUCAGCUAGCAUUUGGGUGAUCACUUUGCUUUGUUUUGUGCAAUUUGUAAGUUAUCAGUUAGCCCACUUGUAUAUAUACAUGAAGGGCUGGGGAUGUGUGUAUGGCGCGUUGUAUGCCUUGGCUGGAGGGCCUUCUCGAAUCCUACGUUGUGUAAAUUUUGCUUAAUCAAUAAAGCUCAUGCAUUGGCAACCAAAA